UAACAAAAGGAUAUUACACACCACAAGAGAGCGAAUCUAGUAGUCGUCCGGCGCGUCGAACGUGUCGAGCGACUGCCGGAUCGCCUCCUCCGUCUCGAGCCGCUGCUUUUCCUUCGCGGCCAGCUCCUCCGUGGACUUGCGCUUGGCCAAAGCCUCGCGCCCGCCGCCGCCGCCGUACGCGUCCUCGCCGUCGCCUCGAAACGACCUUCUAGAGGAAGGCCGCGACCCAUCGGCCGGCGCCGGGCCCGCCGCUUCCACGGCAAACACGACCUCGUCCUUCUCAAAUUCAUCAUCCGUCACGACCUCGUCCGCCUCCUGUUGAUAGUCCAUGUCCCGCCGCAUCAUCGCAAUCAGAGCGUUCUCCGCGCUUAACGCGGCCAAAGAACAAUCCACUUUAUGAUCAUGUUCGGCCUUCUGUUCCUUGAGCAUUUCUUCCGCAUCCGACGGCCGCACCUUCUUCAGCACGACCAAAUACACUUUAUCGUUACUUUCAUGAUCAUACAUCGCCUGCCAUUCAUCCCUCAAAAGUUCAUGCGUCGCGAUGCGCCACUUCAGGAGCUCCACAAUGUCGUCCGCGUGGACCUUCUUGAACUCCCGCAGCGUCGCCGCAUCUUCUUUAGCCUCCUUCCGGAGGUCAUCUUUCAAAGCGGAAACCGCGUCGUUCGCCUUCUGCCCACCAGCUUGUCUGCGGACUAAUCUCGCUCGCGCCCGCAGCUUCAUGAUCGACUCCUUCUCGGCGACCUCGGACUCCAGUUUCUUCGCAGCAAACGCUUUGGUCUCGUCUUCGUCCUGCGCGGGAACGACGCGUCGCGAAACGACGGCGUCGCGGCGACGUGGGACGCCGAGUCCGUACCAUGAUGUCGUCCUUGACCUGCUGGAGCUCCUUCUUGCACACCAACUGGUGCUUCGACUUCCACGCUAAACCAGCAGCUUUGAAGUGGGGCGGCGUCCGCGGGUCCCGCUGGCUCUUGACGGCCAUCUUGGCGACCUUCUUGACGACCUCGGGGUCCUCGGGGUCGCCGUCACCUGCGCGGAUAUGGACCAGUGAGCUCUGCGCCGCCUUCACGCCAUCGAGGCCAUUCGGACGAGUCGAGCAGACGCGGUCACGGGGCCGACGUCGCGACGACGGCGUAUCGCGUCGAUGGCGUAAAGGACACGGACGCGUACCACUGAAGCGGUCCCAAAAUUCAUCGACGAGCUCCUCCCCCACCUCCUCCUGCGCGUCACUGAACAGCCCCACGUUCAUCUCCGCCCAAGCUGACGCGAAUGGGAGUAGUUUAGGAUCAGCAGGCUCCAGCCCAUCGAUGUUCACGCCCACCAGCAACCGAGCCGCCGCUCGCGGCGCCUCGUCGGGAUCGCCCAGCCGCUCUUCGAAGUCCAUCGCGAGAUCAUACGUAUCAUCCAAUUUAGCUUCUAUGACCUUUUCCGGAUGCCACUUGCGCCAGCACUGCGCACUGACCACAUUGUCCGGGUCGGCGGCUACUGGUGGGACCUCUUCACUUAUGCCUGGUACUUGGUCGCCCUCACUGAUCUCCUUGUCCUUGAGCUUGCGGUAGUACUUCAUAAUAUCACCGGCCCACCGCGCGGCGCCUCUAUCGGUACUUUCCCACUGAUAAUCAAAAUAUUCGCUCAGUCGGUAUUCCGCAUCUAUAACUCUCUUCUUGUGGCGCUCGUCCAAUUCCCAGAGGUAGGCCUCGCGCUUCGCCGUGCGCUUCAUGACGAGGGACGUCCGCGCUUUUAUAGCCAUGUACUCGGGACUCAUGUAAAACUGGCCGUCCUCCAUCUUCCACAUCGGCUCCAAAUCCUCGACGUUCGUGAUGCCUGCGCGCGAAGCAACGGGUGAGUCGGGUCCUUAGGUGUGUGUGCGUGCGAGCCUCGCGGCGAUAACGUGUCUAGCUCAUACGCCAGCGACGCGACUCGUCACUCACGUCGCGGCGAUGGCGUGCCGGUGGGCUAGGUGUCACUCGCGUCGCGUCGAUGGCGCAGAGGCAGUGUAGACCCCACCAGCACGCCACCGCCGCGAUCGGCGCGAAUCAAGGCACGCCAUCGCGCAGACGAGAAAUUCGGACACUGGCCUCCACCGUCGGCGUGGAAUACGAGGUUCUCGAAGGGCUGCGGGAAGGCCCGCUCCCAGGACAAUAUGGCCGAUCUACGCGUCUCCUUGUCGCUCUCCUCGGCCCAGGCCUUCCUCAACAAGGGUACGACGUAGCCCGGGUCAACCCUAGAAUCGCGACAGAUGAACUCCCUGCAGCCUUUGGGGUGUUUCAGGGGCGAUUGCUCCAGAGCUGCAACGACCAACUUCACCGUUUUAUAUAAAAGUUGCUCGCAGAGCCGAGGGCCAAUCUCCAUCCACUGCUCUGGGGAGUAGUCCGCGUACGCGUACUGCCCCUUGCCGUAGUGGUAGGUCAUCACCGUGAGACCCUCGGGCGGAUGCCCGAAGUACAUGGAACCGCCCGAGUGGAAGUGGGGCAGUUUCCGCAAAACAGAAUCCCUCGCCCAAUGAGCGGCAUGGCACAUGUACUCGUAGAUGUCAAACUUUUCUCCUGGGGGCGGCAUUUUUGUACUGGCAUAGUAUGCUGCGGAUUGCGCCGCAUGCUUCGACACUUCAUUCAUCCUCUGUUGAGCAGCUUCCUCAGCCCUCUUUUUAGCGGCUUCCCUCUGUUUUUGAGUGCCGCCCGCCCGGCCGCCCAUCAUGGCCACCAUGCUUUCAUUGGCUUUGAGCCAGGACUCCGUACCGAUCACGGGCCUCUCGAGAUUCUUCGUGACCCUGGCGCAGACCUGUGUGGCACAGACACCGUCGCGACACCGCCGCGGCUCCCUCACGAGACGCGCAGACUCUCGGACGGCGUCGCGGCGGCGUGGUCUCAUGAAGACGCCAUCGACGCGACCGCGUCAAGUUCAAGGUCAACUUCAACACUGAGUCACGGACCUCGUCCAACACGAUCUGGACCAAAUGGUCAUCCUUGACAUUCGCAUCGCCAUCCAAGGCCAGGUAGUAGUCCUCGGGCGGCUCCUCCUCGUCGCUAUGGUACUCUUCGAUCAUCGCUUCGCACUGCAGAAUCAUCUUCCGCAACCGCUCGACCUCGCGACUCGCGCGCGCGCCCUGCCGCUCCGUCUCCUCGAGCUGGUUCCGCUUCGACUCGAACUCGUCGACGGCCUCCGUCUUCUCGUCCUCGGCCAUUUUUUGUUUGCGCUUCGCGUCCUCAAUUAAAUCUUCGACCGCGGAUAACUCGUCCCGCGUGUGCGCGAUGUCCGCACACCUUUGGACGUAGGCGUAGGCCGCGCGCACCCACUCGACAAUCCUCGGCAAAGCUUGGCCGUAACUCUUGAUGUGGUGGUGGUCCGGCUUGAAGCGCGGGUCGACGAGUAUGCCUGCUAUCCUUGAUAGUAGAAGGUUGUUGCGCGCGUACUUCCAGACGUCGUAGUGCGAGAGUUUGUACUGCAGCUUGAUGUCAUAAACCACGGUCAAGGCUUCCUGGUCGCCCUCGUCCGCGUUGAUCUGCGAACUCGACAGAAGUAGUUGGGCCGCCUUCCACGUCUCCUGCUCGCUCGUGAGGAUGCAGGCCGCCCUUAAAACCUUCUCGAGGAGUGGUGGCGGUUCGGGGAAGUAGCGGAUCACGAAGAAGUCUCUGAGUUCCAGCGCCUGGAUCUUCCGGACGGCCGCGGCGAACGCGUCGCGCCUGCGCGUGAACGGUCGCGUCGAUGGCGUCGCGGCGGCGCUGCGUCGCGUUGAGAAAUUGAAGGAAAUCACGCCGAGUCACGGACGUCUUGUGCGGGUCGUCGUCCCAGAACUUGUUUUCGGUUUGCACCAGCGUGCGCUUCUUCUUCAACAAGGCCUCGACUUGCAUCGACGCCGUGUCGACGACCUGCUGACUGCGUUUGACGAGCUCGGCGUGCUCGGCCAUGGCGUCGCGCGCGGACCGCAUAUCUUGCACCAUCAACUCAAGAGAAGGUUCCUUCGCCGCUAAUUCUUCUUUGGUCUCCUCGUAGGUGUCCCUUGCGACGAGGGAACCGCCCUCCUGCCUUAUUCUUUCAAUAAUAGGCUUGACCCGAGGAUGGUCGUCUUGCACGCCGUAGGGCAACUUGGGCAGUCGGCGCGCGAUCAUGAGCGCGUAGACGCCGUCGUACUCCUCCUCGUUCUGCUCGAACUGCUGGCAGAAUUGCAGCGUCGCGAGGGGGUUCACGGGCGGACUCACCCACUCGAUAAAUUCGCCCUUCUCCCACAGGCCGACCUGUGGGGAAAUCAAAGGUCAAUUCCUGGUCUCCUUGGGUGCGCGUGGCGAUCCCUUGGCUCUCGUUCGGUCGCGUGCAUCUCUCGGGGAUCGUGUCCGAGUUUGAGCCGAAACCAGGGCCGCGGGGCCAAGAGACUCGCUGCCGGCCCUCCACGCCAUCGACAAGCCGCGUCGAUGGCGCAUGAGCUCUCGCAGACGCCGCCCCACGGCAUCGAUGGCGUGGAGGCGGUGUUGAUUUCCACACAGGUCCGGACCUGGAUCUCGUCGAACAUGGUCCCCCGCGUGCUCCGCUCGUAGGCGAGCUCCUCCUCGCUCUUGACGUACUUGACAAUUAAUUGACCAUCGGCAUCAUAUUCGUCGACGGCGUCGAGCUCCUCUUGCCUGCGCGGAGAAUUGGGGUCGUGGCGUGGUACGGGAGGAUCGUGUCCGGGAAUGGUGGCGGUGGGUCGUUUCUCGUUGAAUUUCGAGGUGGUUCGGUCCGAAUUCACUCAAAUUUGGACGAGAGACCUCGUCCGAUGGCCACGAGCCGCGUCGACGGCGUGACAACACGAAAGGACGCCGCGAUACAUACGU